GUGGUGUGUGUUUGUCGUAGGACUGUCCGUAAGGAAUCAGAUUGUUUCUACACAUCGUCUCCUGUGAACAACCAUGAAGAUUCCAAUGUUCCAACCAGUGAAAGCGUGAGGAAAGACCAGCAAAAGGAAAAGAAUAAGGUUCUUCGCUGUUUAGGCCAGUGCUGAACAGGUGCUGCAUGACUCUCGCGCCGUUCGUUUGACCUUCUUUCCUACCACCACCACCACCUCAAAACAUAUCCACGCUGCUCGCCGCCGCAGGCGAUGUCUGGAAAGGCUCCGCCACGAGCACCUCGGGCAUUGCUGAAUUCAUUGGCAGCAUCUGCGACAGCCUCUUCAGCCACACCUGGUCCGCCGUCUGGACCAGCUGCAUCCUCUUCGAAAUUAGGAGCGGCACCUCCGACUGGACCUCGCAGUCUGCUCAAUGUUCGUACUAUCCAUGCACCCAAGGGUCCUCGCGCAGAUGGUUUUGCCAAUGGACACGUUGCAUCUACUGCUAGUGCUUCUCCUCCGACUGGCCCGAGUGCGAGAUACUCCCAGAAGGGGAAACAAGUCGAGAUUGCUUGGAAACCCAAAUCUCUGGCUGAUCCUAGUCCAUCCACCUCUCAACCUCAAACCAAUGGCGCCAAUGGUCAUACAAGACCUGUGGCAAAAGGUCCUACUGAUGUAAACGGCGGACUCAAUCCCAAAGGUCCAGCAAUAUCUUUCCGAUUACGACCGCAGCCGCCGCAACCUAAGACUGAACCACCUCCUCCACCACCGCCUACGACGAUACCACCCCCGCCUCCACCGCCGACAGAACCUCCACCUCCACCCCCGCCGAGCUCUGAGCCGCCUUCACCGCCAUCUUCGAUAUCUACACAACCUCCCCCAAGUUCAUCGGUCACACCAACUCCUCCACCUCUACCAUCGGAACAGCCGCCUCCGCCUCCAGACGAUCUACCGCCACCACCACCCCCGUCUGAGCCAUUUCCUUCAGAACCGCCGCCACCGCCUCCAUCUACCGCUCCGCCUGCUCUUCCUACAGGACCUUCAAUACGACAGUCUCUUCCCAGUAGCCGAUCACCGCAUCCGCCGCCACCACCAGAACCUACAUCUGAGCCUCCACCUCCGCCACCUUCUGCUCCUCAACUCUACUCUUUACCACCGCCACCACCGUGGCCUCCCGCGCCCGAUGUCUUUCCGCCAGGCAAGAACUUCAAAGUACUUUUUGAUCCACUGGUCGAUAGAGAUCGAGAUGGUAAGCUGAAGGCUCUGAUCGAACAAGUACGAGAGUCUCCAGUUGCACCGGAGAGGCUGAAGGGCAAAGGAAAGGGCAAAGAGAUCUUGACCAGGUAUAAUGGUGAGGUGAUUGAGGGUGAGCCUGAGCCCGUUCCGAUAGAUCCAAGGAAGGCGAAGGUCAAGAGGCUACCAACGCUGCGGCCUAUGCGAUCAGACCUAGUGGAAGCCAAGUAUGAGCACGAUACGAAUUCGGCUGGACCACCGCCGCCUACGUCUGUGCUUGUGAUGAAUCUCUCCCCACUGUCAUCAAAUCAGCACAUACGAAGGCACUUCGCGGUGUACGGUUCUAUUAUGUCUUUCGAGCACCAGAUCGACAAGUCUACUGGUGCGGCGUUAGGAAUUGUGCUCAUCACCUUUGCAUCACAUGCGGAAGCCAAAAGGUGUGCGGAGAGGGAAGAUGGGAAGAAGUUGCCUCAGGGAAUGGGUCUGAGUAUCAGCUGUGGAGAGGGCGAAGGUUUGCGGGUGACAAUGGAUGGGGAGGGCAAGAUAAUGAAGGCAGUUAUCAAAGAAUUAGACGAUCGAAGGAGAAGAGAACGAGAUGAGAGGGAGCGGCAUAGACGAGAAAGGGAGAAAGACGACAAGAUGAGAGAAGUGAAGGCUGCUGCAGCCGCACUUUCAUCCAAGGCCACUCCGAUGUCCUCCAGUACGAGCGGAACGCCGGUACAUGGUGGUGCUUCAUGGCGAACAAACCAUCAAGUCCCUCGGCAUGUCUCGUCACGAUCUGGACACCCUUCACAUCCUAUCAAUGGUAGGACCCAAGGUUCCACUCAUUCCCCUGUACCGUCAUCGAGCUUGCAUCAUCCAUUGAACGGCAAGUCUUCGAAUCGUGAUGAUCUUUCAGAACGACCUCGACGGCUACCACCGUCUCUGUUCAAAGCUCGAGCAGUCACCUCGAAGCCGUCUCCAACACACCAACUUCCUGCUCGUCCUAGUUUUACUCCGAGCAGUUACUCUUCUCGUCAUGAUCGAGGCAGGCGGCCGUACUAUAACUCGUUCGCAGAAGACCAGGAGGACGAGGUACGAUCAAGACCACGGUCUCCAUCGCCUGUUUCACGACGUAUAGGUGACUAUUCCAAAAAUGCGAGACAAAGAGAACAUGAGGGUGUAUUGGAGGAGCUGUCAAAGAAUGGUUUCGAUCAUGUUACUAUUGACGAUGGGAGUGGUGGGCUUCUAGGGGGUGCCGUCCGUGAGGAGGAUGUGAGAGAAUACUUUGAUGGAUUCAAAGUGGAUAAGGUUCUCCAAGAUCACAAAGGCUGGUAUGUCACUUUCCAGACAAGUGACUCUGCACGCCGCGCCGCCAUGGUUCUUAAUGGUGGCCAACGCACAUUAGCCCAUCAUACUGUGAACAUAACAGUCCAUAAGUCCCCUCCCCGGACUGCUGGCUUUUCCAGGUAUCGCCUGACUGAUGAUGAAAUUGUCGCGGGAGCCGAGAAGCUCAUACUUCAGGAGCUCAAAACCCUUCUAGAGAAGGAUGUUAUGGAGCAAAUCGUCGGGACCGAGGUCAAGAGGCUUGUCACUGAGGAUCGAGAGAAGAGGAGAGCCGAUGGAGUAGAUGGUCUAUUAGAUGAGGGUGCUGAGGAAUUGCUUAGUCGACGUGCUUUGAAGGGUCUGUCGUUUCGCAAGCAGAGGAAACGCGUUCGUGAAGAGGCGAAACCACCACCUGUUGAAGAGCCCGUUGCUCCUGCUGCUAAACCCGCUCAUGUAGAUGAGGAAGAGGAACCUCCACGGAAGAAGGCCAAGAAAGCUCCAGCUCGCAAGGUUGUUGUUAUCGAAGAACCUGGGGUCGAGUCUGAAGAUGAGGAUGUCGUCCCUAUGGCUGUCGAAUCUGUGGAGGAAGUUCCUACGCGUAAACGGUCGCCUUCCGUCACCAGGCACGUUGAGGAACCUCCAGCGAAGAAGGCCAAGGUGUUGGUCGAUGAAAUACCUGUCAAGACACAGAAGAAGACCAAGAAACCAUUGAAGAAACCCAUGGAACCGGCUCUUGACGAACUCGUCCACGAAGUGCUUCCAGAGGAUAUUGGCUUCACCCCACCUGCUGUCACUCAAGUCCGUUUCACACCUGAGUCAGAAGCACCCAGCUCGCGUCCACCUACUCCGAUUGUGGUACCACCGAAACGCAUCGUGCCUCCGAAACCGCCGAUCAAUCCCUACCAGCAAGGUAUCUGCGAUGACGAUGAGGAUCUGUAUUUCGCCAGACUGGCUCUGGCUGACGAAGAGGAGCCUGUGGCUCCGCCCGUUACAGAAGAACUUGAGCCUGAACCGGGCUCUAUAUCCCCUCGUCGCGUCCAUGUUACUGGGUCUGCUCGUACGGAGGGUUACUACAAGAUCUCGCAUGCGGAGAAGUCGGCGUACGUUGCACAGUAUGCCAAUCGCUCGGCUGCCAACGAAGCUGCUUCUCAAGAGAUAGAGAGACCACCGCAGCCUCAGACCAUCACUUCUUCGCGUUCUAAUCGUGCCAAUGCCCGUCGUCGUGCUCAAGGUUUGGAAGAGAUCAACCAAGUCCAACGAGCCAUGGCUUUGUCGAAAGGUGAAUCUGCCGCUACCGAAUUGGUCAAGUUCAACCAAUUGCAGACGCGUAAGAAACAUCUGCGGUUCGCCAGGUCUCCCAUUCAUGACUGGGGAUUAUAUGCUAUGGAAAAGGUCUCUCGUGGCGAGAUGGUCAUUGAGUAUGUCGGCGAGAUUAUCCGUGCCCAGGUGGCGGAUAAACGCGAGAAGGCAUAUGAGCGACAGGGUAUUGGGAGUAGUUAUCUCUUCCGUAUCGAUGAGGAUCUGGUGGUGGACGCUACGAAGAAGGGUAACCUUGGACGUCUGAUCAACCACUCUUGUGAUCCAAAUUGUACGGCGAAGAUUAUCACUAUCAAUGGUGAAAAGAAAAUCGUCAUUUACGCCAAGCAGGAGAUCGAGCUAGGCAGCGAGAUCACUUAUGACUAUCACUUCCCCAUUGAGCAGGACAAGAUCCCUUGUCUGUGCGGUUCCGCCAAAUGUCGUGGCUAUCUCAAUUAAUAGACGAACGCCCUUCCGUAAUUUCAUCUCUAUGUAUUUGCUUCCAGUCUUCUCUGACAGUCCUAGCUCAUCGCAUACCCCGUUCUCUCUCAUACUAUUAUCUUCGUUGAGUACGUACAUUGUCCCCGUGUUUUUUCUCCCCUGCUGCUCUCCCAUCCGUACCCUCGCAUCGUCUGUAUCUUAUAACCUCACGCAUAUAUUUUCCUGUGUUUUUUUGCCCCCUUUGUAACGUUUUCCCAAUUGUUGAAUCUUUGUCGUCGUCGCAUACGUUCACACAGUACAUAAUGCAUGCAUGGUUGGAGUCUGCGGACUGUUCAUUC